CUUCCUCUCUCCUCCCUACGUCCUUCCUUCCCCUUUUCUCUUCUGCCCCCUCCCCCCCUUUUCCCUUCCCCCAGAUAAGCAGCUCCCAGAAACAAAGGACGCGGGCUCUCCAGGCAUCCGCGCUUAAGCCCCGCGCACGCACUGUCGGCGGCGUCUCAUUCCGGGGACCAGGGAUCGCAGGCUGCACGUCCCCUCCCCAACCACCCCCGCCUCCCUCGCGCACUCGCUCGCUCGCUUCCUCCCCCACCGUCGCAGCGCUGGGAGGACGGCGCCGGGGCUCAAGAUGGCUUUAGCCGGGCUCUGCACCCUGCUCGCCUGCUGCUGGGGGCCGGCAGCAGUGCUGGCCACGGCCCCCGGCGACGUGGAUCCCUCCAAGGAGCUGGAGUGCAAGCUCAAAAGCAUCACGGUGUCGGCGCUGCCCUUCCUGCGCGAGAACGACCUGAGCAUCAUGCACAGCCCCUCGGCCUCCGAGCCCAAGCUCCUCUUCUCGGUGCGCAACGACUUCCCGGGAGAAAUGGUCGUGGUGGACGACCUGGAGAACACGGAGCUGCCCUACUUCGUGCUGGAGAUCUCAGGGAACACGGAGGACAUUCCUCUGGUGCGCUGGAGGCAGCAGUGGCUGGAGAAUGGCACUUUGCUUUUUCAUAUCCAUCACCAAGAUGGUGCCCCAAGCCUCCUUGGACAAGACCCAACCGAAGAACCCCAGCAUGAGUCAGCAGAAGAGGAGCUGAGGAUCCUGCACAUCUCAGUCAUGGGUGGCAUGAUCGCGCUGCUUCUGUCCAUCCUGUGCCUGGUGAUGAUCCUGUACACUCGCCGCCGCUGGUGCAAGCGCCGCCGGGUCCCGCAGCCCCAGAAGAGCGCCAGCGCUGAGGCAGCCAAUGAGAUUCACUACAUCCCUUCUGUGCUGAUUGGCGGGCACGGGCGGGAGAGUCUGCGCAACGCCCGCGUGCAGGGCCACAACUCCAGCGGCACCCUGAGCAUCCGGGAGACACCCAUCCUGGAUGGCUACGAGUAUGACAUCACUGACCUACGCCACCACCUCCAGCGGGAGUGCAUGAACGGAGGGGAGGACUUUGCCAGCCAGGUCACUCGCACCCUGGACUCCCUGCAGGGCUGCAAUGAGAAGACAGGGAUGGACCUCACGCCAGGGAGUGACAAUGCCAAGCUGUCACUGAUGAACAAGUACAAGGAUAACAUCAUUGCCACCAGCCCAGUGGACUCCAACCACCAGCAAGCCACGCUGCUCUCUCACACCUCCAGUAGCCAGAGGAAGCGGAUCAACAGCAAGGCCAGAGCUGGUUCCGCCUUCCUGAACCCCGAAGGGGAUUCUGGGACAGAGGCAGAAAACGACCCCCAGCUGACCUUCUACACGGACCCCUCGCGGAGCCGGAGACGAAGUAGAGUGGGUUCUCCCCGAAGUCCUGUGAACAAGACCACCUUGACAUUGAUCAGCAUCACCAGCUGUGUGAUCGGCCUCGUGUGCUCCUCUCAUGUCAGCUGCCCUCUUGUUGUCAAAAUUACCCUGCACGUCCCCGAGCACCUGAUCGCUGAUGGGAGCCGCUUCAUCUUGCUGGAGGGGAGCCAGCUGGAUGCCAGCGACUGGCUGAACCCUGCCCAAGUGGUGCUCUUCUCUCAACAGAACUCCAGUGGGCCCUGGGCCAUGGACCUCUGUGCCCGGCGGCUCCUGGACCCCUGUGAACAUCAAUGUGACCCCGAAACUGGGGAAUGCCUCUGCUACGAAGGUUACAUGAAGGAUCCAGUCCACAAGCACCUUUGCAUUCGGAAUGAAUGGGGGACAAACCAGGGGCCCUGGCCAUACACGAUAUUUCAGCGAGGCUUUGACCUGGUUUUGGGAGAACAGCCUUCUGAUAAAAUAUUCAGAUUCACCUACACCCUUGGGGAGGGCAUGUGGCUGCCCCUCAGCAAGAGUUUUGUUAUCCCACCCGCUGAACUGGCCAUCAAUCCAUCAGCGAAGUGUAAGACGGACAUGACCGUGAUGGAGGAUGCUGUGGAGGUCAGAGAAGAGCUGAUGACCUCGUCCUCCUUCGACAGCCUGGAGGUCCUCUUGGAUUCCUUUGGGCCAGUGCGGGACUGCAGUAAGGAUAACGGUGGCUGCAGCAAGAACUUCCGCUGCAUCUCGGAUCGCAAGCUGGACUCCACUGGCUGUGUGUGCCCAUCUGGACUCAGCCCCAUGAAGGACAGCUCGGGCUGCUAUGACCGCCACAUUGGGGUGGACUGCUCAGAUGGCUUCAAUGGCGGCUGUGAGCAGCUGUGUCUCCAGCAGAUGGCGCCCUUCCCGGACGACCCCGCCUUGUACAACAUUCUCAUGUUCUGCGGGUGCAUUGAGGAUUACAAGCUCGGUGUGGACGGUCGCUCUUGCCAGCUCAUCGCGGACACCUGCCCAGGGGGAGGUGACUGUGGGGAAAGCAGGGAGCUUCCCAUGAACCAGACCCUCUUUGGCGAGAUGUUCUUUGGUUACAACAACCAUUCCAAGGACGUGGCUGCCGGACAAGUGCUGAAGGGAACGUUCAGGCAAAACAACUUUGCCCGAGGUUUAGACCAACAACUGCCAGAUGGCCUUGCGGUGGCCACUGUCCCCCUGGAGAAUCAGUGCUUGGAGGAAACCUCGGAGCCCACCCCUGACCCUGACUUCCUGACGGCCCUCAGCAAUGCUCUCCACUCCCUGGAUGGGACUACCUCUCGUGGGGAUUUUGUGGCUUUGUUGGACCAGUUUGGCAAUCAUUACAUCCAGGAAGCUAUCUACGGCUUUGAGGAGUCCUGUUCUAUAUGGUACCCAAACAAGCAGGUCCAGCGGCGACUCUGGCUGGAAUAUGAAGACAUCAGCAAAGGCAACUCCCCAUCUGACGAGUCAGAGGAGCGGGAAAGAGACCCCAAGGUGCUGACGUUCCCAGAGUACAUCGCCAGCCUGUCCGACUCUGGCACCAAGCGCAUGGCGGCUGGAGUCCGAAUGGAGUGUCAGAGCAAGGGGCGGUGCCCCUCGUCCUGCCCCUUGUGUCAUGUGACAUCCAGCCCUGACACCCCUGCCGAGCCAGUUCUGCUGGAGGUGACCAGAGCUGCUCCCAUCUAUGAACUGGUGACCAACAACCAGACCCAGAGGCUCUUGCAGGAAGCCACCAUGAGCUCUCUGUGGUGCUCAGGGACUGGCGAUGUCAUCGAGGACUGGUGUCGGUGCGACUCCACCGCUUUCGGAGCUGAUGGCCUGCCCACCUGUGCGCCCCUCCCACAGCCCGUGCUGAGACUGUCCACAGUUCACGAGCCCAGCAGCACUCUCGUGGUCCUGGAGUGGGAACACUCAGAACCUCCCAUCGGAGUGCAGAUUGUAGAUUACCUGAUCCGUCAAGAAAAGGUCACUGACAGGAUGGACCACUCCAAAGUAGAGACAGAAACGGUGCUGAGCUUUGUGGACGACAUCAUCUCUGGAGCCAAGUCUCCUUGCGCCAUGCCCUCCCAGGUCCCAGACAAGCAGCUCACCACCAUCUCUCUCAUCAUACGAUGCCUGGAACCCGACACCAUCUACAUGUUCACCCUGUGGGGAGUGGACAACACAGGACGGCGCUCCAGGCCAAGUGACGUGAUCGUGAAGACCCCUUGCCCCGUGGUGGAUGAUGUCAAAGCCCAAGAAAUAGCGGACAAGAUCUACAAUCUCUUCAAUGGCUACACCAGCGGAAAGGAGCAACAGACGGCCUACAACACCCUCCUGGACCUGGGACCCCCCACCCUACACCGAGUCCUCUAUCACUACAACCAGCACUAUGAGAGUUUUGGAGAAUUCACCUGGCGGUGUGAGGAUGAAUUAGGCCCCAGGAAAGCUGGCCUCAUCCUUUCCCAGCUUGGGGAUCUCAGCAGCUGGUGCAACGGACUCCUUCAGGAACCCAAGAUAAGCUUGCGACGCAGCUCCCUCAAGUACCUGGGCUGCCGCUACAGUGAGAUCAAGCCCUACGGACUGGACUGGUCAGAGCUCAGCCAGGACCUCAGGAAGACGUGCGAGGAGCAGACCCUGAGUGUCCCCUACAAUGAUUAUGGGGACGGCAAAGACAUCUAGUGCCACGAGGCCAGACAGCGGCUGCCAAAAGGAAGCAGAAGAGAAGAGGGGGACAUCUGGGUUGGUUUGUGGGUUUUUAAUAUUUUUUAAUGGAACAUUAAAACCUCCACAGGCACCAUCGAAACCAGGGAGGAACCCAUCCUUGUUCCCUGCAGAGCUUCUUCGUGUGACGCCCUCCAUCUGCACGGCCAGCACACCUGCCGGCCAGCGGCCUCGGGCAGCACCAAUUUUUUUAGGGAAUUACUUUGGGUCUUGUUUUGCAGUUGAUUUGCUCUUUCCCCCCCCCCCAAGAGGUUCAUCAAAACGCUCGAGAAUUCUGUUAUUCUCCCCAUGAAAGCUCCAUCAGGCCGAGGCACCCCGUGCUCCCUGAGAUCCUGAGUUCCUUACAAAUGGGGACAGAGAUGAGGCCAGAAAGUGGUUAGCCCCGCCUCAGGCCCCAGCCUUAGGCCGCCCCUCACUCUGGGAGCCUGGCCCGGCUCACAGAGAAAGACAACGAGAAGGGGCAGGUGGUCCCUGUGUAGGUCCCCUCAGGCCUUCCGACUGCCAACUUCAUACCUCACAGGUGAACCCUGCCUCCCUCUGGGCCUCAGUGGGUUCCCUGGAUUAUUAGCCCCUUCCCCAUGUUACAGAAUGAAUGAAAUCUCCCCCUGGGAGGUGUCUGUCCUCUCCUCCGGACAAUAGCAUCUUUAAGAGGCAACUUAAUGCUACCUGUCCAGUGCAGCUUCAGAGUGGUCUGCCUGGGAGACGAGUUAGCAAUGCACGGUCUGGAAAAGAAGCGGGAUUUAUUGUUGUUGUUUUUAUAAAAAACAACUCCUGCUGAGUCCCAGUAUACAUGACUCCUGAUUGUCUAGCGUGGGCAGCGCUUGCCAUGUUCAGCGAAGGCUCUUGGCUGAUGUCUGCCCUGGUCCAGGAGGGGUCAGCACUGCCACGUCAGUGUUUCAGUGAACAGAAGUUAUUACUGAUCACAAAAAAAUGCUUCUGUCCUCUCCUCCCCGCCUCCCCACUUUGCUAAAUUUGCUUAAUUAUAUGACUAGUUUUGCAACUCGUUUUUCUGGGGGAGCAUCACAGGAGGGUUCUCCCAUUUUCAUCCCCCCCCCUAGUUGCCAGGGAAAGCGGAGGUUUUGUGUGGGCACGCGCCCCUGACUGCGGGUAAGGGCUGGCUGCCGCUUCUGCCCCACUGCGCGAGCACUGGCACGGGCAUCGGCGGGCACCCGGCUCACGGGAAGCCCAGCCUUUCUGAAAGCGCUUUGCAGAGCUGUGGGGACCAGAUCUGGCCCUGGCUGCCCCACAACUCAGAGGCCUGAACACACACCUUCAGCCCCCGUGCCCUUCACCUGGCUCCCCGUUGGGAAACACUAGAAUAAGGGCGGGAAGAAGAUGUGAGGUCCAUAAGGCCACCCCCUGAGCUAUAUUGAUCUUUUUCUAAAUCGUAACAAUGCCACAUCACAUUCACUGAGUGCUGACUGUGUGCCAGACGCUGUGCUAAGCACGUUACAUAUCACUGAAUUCUCACCCCCCCCCCCGCUGCCCCAAGUACUGUUCUUAGCUCCAUUUCAGUGACGAGGAAACCGAGGCAAAGUGAGGAUGCACAGCUUGCCCCAAAUGCCUCAUUUAUGUUCUGCCUGAGCCACAGUAUGAAUUCAGACUGUCAUACUCCAGAGCACAGGCGCUUAACCCCUCUGCCACUCAGUUCUGUUUUCAGUAUUGCCUGAGCAGGGCUGCUGUCCCAGCUGUAAGCUCCAUGAGGGGGCCUGCCAAGAGAGUUUCCCCUUCCCCACGCCUCCAUGGUGCAGUGGUGCCCGCAGUGCAGCGGGAGGAGGAACCAAAAUGCACCCUAACUGCAGCUAGAACCCCUUUGGGACUUCCAGUACAGGCGGUCCCCGCUGGCACCUGGGAGCCAAGUUGUGCCAAGGCCACAAGCACGGGUUCCUCUCACUCCCCUCUCUGCAUCUUUCCACAGAAAGAUUGGCAGUUUAUUUCACACUGUGGACUGCCCCUGUCUCACAGACUCCCCCACUUCCAGAGCAAAGGCUAACAGAAAACAGCCAUCCCACCUGUGGUCAAGGUUAGGGCCUCAGGUAAGACACCUCAAGGCACAAGUUUCAUCACCAGAGAGGAAGCUGCCCUAGACAGCUGGACGCCAACCAGGGGGGCGGCCGAGCUGAGAGCUGCCUUGGCUGCUGCUACCGUGUUCUGCCUUUUAUCCGAGUCUGCACAGAAAACAAGGUCCACGCAGCAUGAGUGGGAGGUGCCGAGGCUGUCGCUACCUUCCUGCCCCCGCGGAGGGCCAGGGAGGGAGGACAGCGAGUGGCAUCAGGGUCGCCCUUUUAUGCCCCCCCUUCUGUUUUAUCAAAAGAGGCUCAUUGUCGCCCUGUCGCCUUCUGCCUUUUCCCUGCUUUUCCUGUCUGUGACCUUUCCUCCUUUAUCCCUUCCUUCUCCAUGAUUCUCUUCCUCCCUCAGUGUCCCCUUGUGCCCGCCUCACUGCACCCAUGCACAUGCACAUACAUAUACACCGACACACACUACACACACACACACACACGGCACACAACCGCUAUGGCUGGGUCAGAGUCUCAGGAGAGCGUCCUGAGGAUUUAACUGGAGGGUUUGUGCCCAAGAAGACACAUGGGUCAUACCCUAACAACACUUCGCGAAGCUUGCGUGGAGGAACCUAUCCUGACUACAAAGGGUGAUAGGGCUGGACCAGUAUUAAACCUCAAAGUUACCAAGCUGCCAAAUAGGUCUUAAGGGGGUUGCUUAUAUCAACCCGCACACUCCCAGCUCUGGGGCUCCCAGGAGACCACUGGUGUUCCCUCCUGAGUGGACAUGACCCAUUGUACUAGCAUUAGACCUUUCCCUGAGUGUGCAAUCAUUUUCCAUGGAGUUUGGUCCACCCAUUGUUUUUAGUUAACCACACUUCUUGAUAUUCAAAUGUUCUAUUAAAAAACUGAAAGUAAAAAAACAAAAAAACAACACUUUACUACUUUAGAAGGAAGAAAGAAUAUAAUGUGACCAACUUCAGGUUUGGCAGUAUUGUUUAAAAGAGAAUCAUUGUACGAUUAUAAAAUAUGGAAUAAUCAACUCAAUAAUAAACAGAGCUGUUAGUAAGUG